AUGUCACGUUCAAGGCUCUAUAGAAGAACAACUAAUGAAAAUGAUUACCUACUUACAAAAUGUCCUAAAAGAGAAGACUACAAAGAGUUAUUACAGCUAUCACUUUUGUACCUAGGAGGUUGGUCUCAAGACGAAUUCAGUUUCAGGAUCUCAGGGGCUCUGCAUCAAGCAAGGUGCAUGGCAAAAGCAAUUUAUGCACUUAAAAUUGUUCUCUUCACUAAACAAUUAAAUAUGCCUCAACGAGAAUUGAAAGCAAUGAAAAGGGUUGCACAUUUUGGCAGCCUCAUAUAUGUUCGCUUUUGGAAAAAUUUGGAUUUGCUGCAGCUUCUGAAUAUUUACCCAGAUAUAGACGUCAAUAAAAGUGUUCUUAUUGUUGCUAAGAGACAUCUGUGGUAUCGGUCAGAAACAAACUUAGGAUUAGUGUUUUUGAAUGAACGUAUUAGUCAGAUUAAAAAGGAAAAUAUGACUAAACAUUUAGAAACCAAACCUCCAAAUAAAAAUGAAAUGAAACGAUUAGACGGAUUGUUUUUGAAGGAAAACACCUGA